AUGGCUGCAACUCCUCCAGCUCAUGAUAACACUGUCAAAGCUGGAAGGUCCGGUGAAACUAGCAAUAGAGGGCAGAAGAAGUCCGUAGCUCAGGACGCGCCUUGCAACAGCAAAUGCAGCUGCCUCCUAGACAAAGCAAUCAAGGAAAAGGUGCAAAACAAUCAAGGAAAAGGUGAAGAAAACAGCGAACUGAUAUUGGAAGCUCUUUUUUCAUAUGAUCUAGAAAAUGAUCUGAAAAAUGUGAAGGAUCAGUUAUGCUCAUCAGAAAAAUCUAAGAAGCAAGCCCAGAGAGAUGCAGAUGAAUCCAACCAAGAGCUCUCAGUCCUCUCCUCAAAGCUUGAAGAGUCAGAGAAGAAACUUCUAGAGCUUUCAGCCUCUCGGAAUGCUCUUACAGUAGAGCUCUCUGAGACAAGUGAGGAACGAGACAGGUCAUUGCAAGCUGAGCUGGAGGCUCUGCAUAAGCAGCAGUUGCAAGAAUCAGUUGCUUUGGCCUCUGCAUUAGAUGAGAUCGAAAGGCUCAAAGCUCAGCUUGCAAUGGUAGCUGCGUCCGAAGCUAACAACUCAGAAUCUGCACCAACCGAGCUCCAUAACCUAAAUGAGGCACUUGUGGUCGUGGAAGAAAUGAAGAAGCAGCUAAGCGACUCCAAGAAAUCAGAAGCUGAGGCGCAAGAACUCGUUGGUGAGACACUUAUGCAGCUGGAAGCAGCGAAGAAGAUGGUGGAGACGCUUAGGUGGGAUGGAUGUAAAGCUGCAGCUAGUGAGCUGGAACAGUCGAGGGCUCGUGUUGAGCUUCAGAUAACUGUUCCACAGCAGUGCAUCUAAUUGUAUUGCAUAUUUGCAGAAUGACCUGGUUCAUGGAUGGGGUUUGGAUUUUGCAUUAAGAAGAUGUGUGGAUCCUGCGCAUGAAAAGAUUGGUGUUGUCGAUUCCCAAUGGAUUGUGCAUCAAGUGAUUCCAUCACUUGGAAGUCAGGGCGAAUCUGAUAAUGGAAAAGCUCCAUGGCAGGGGGUACGAGAUAGAUGCAAAAGUGAGUGGGCGCUCUUUCAGGAUCGCCUUGCAAAUGCAGACAAGUCAUAUUUUUCACAAAUCCAGCGCCCUUGACUAAGAGCAGAUAUCAUGUAAAUUGCUUUGUUUAUUUCUUCGUUUGUCCUCACAUUCCCUGGGAAUGGUUUUGGUGGCCCGAUUGUUUCAUGCGAGUUACAUCCUUCUAUAGUGUAGGAUAUCCUGUAUAAUGAUGAUGUAUACUUGAUAUUUGGUUCAUUUGUAUAAUAAUGUAUGAAUUUUUUGGAUGAUAUAUAAUAUUGUUAUCGUUGAUUUUA